UGGCGAGCCCGGGCGGAACGUUUGUGAGACGGAACACAAGUGUUGGAGCGUGGCUGGCGGAGGGGGCGGGCGCACCGCUGGAACCAUCAGGGAGCCAUGUUGGCGGCCACGGCCCGGGCGGGCCGGCUCUUCUGUGGAGCUUUGACGGCACCCGAUGGAGCCCAGCUAAGUUCAUGGCUGCCCCAGAUGGCUCCAUUCCGAGGAAGUCACUGGCAGACUUCAGUGCUGGCCUUCAGGGCAUCUCUCCCAAUGAGAGCACAACCAAAGAAGAAGAAGAAGGUGGAUGUAAAGAGAGAGCAGGCACAGAAGGAUCGUAUGAAAAAGAAGAUUAAGAAGCUGGAAAAAGCAGCUGCAGAAAUGAUUCCAAUUGAAGAUUUUGUAACACCAUUUAAGUACUCAGAUGGCAGCAGGGUGCGGAGUCUUCCCCCCCUGUCAUUUGAAGAGACAGAAAGAAGAGUUCUACUUCUGAAAAAGUGGUCUGUGUUUAAGCAGAAACAAGACAAGGCAGAGAAGCAAGCGAUUCAGACUCUUGUGGAAGCUCAGCAAGAGGCACUAAAGGAAUUGCGCCUUGAAUCGGAGGAACUGUAUCAGGCAGCAAUCAAACGAGACGAGCAGCUUUUUCCCUUUGAGAGAGAUGGACCCAGUUACACCCCCCCACUGCCUGGCUAUGAUCCUCCUGAAGGAAAAUGCAUUGAUAUCACCAAAGUGUAUACACAGUGAAGGAGGAGCUUGUUCAGUGUAUGGCAUGAGCUACUCAGCCAACCGAAGAAGA